AUGUCAGCACAAAAUGCUGCAUCGCCAACCACUACUCCAUCUAGCUCGUCAGGAGUGAAGCUCAAACAGAGUAUAUCGCUGUUCAAUGGAUGUACGAUCAUUGUUGGCGUCAUCGUUGGCUCGGGCAUUUUUGUCAGUCCAAAAGGUGUACUCCAAGAAGCGGGCAGUGUCGGAUUUUCUUUGAUUGUGUGGCUGUGCUCCGGAGUGUUCGCUUUGUUAGGCGCAUUAUGCUAUGCCGAACUUGGCACGACAAUCCCAAAGAGUGGAGGAGACUACGCAUAUAUCCACGAAGCAUUCGGUGCGAUGCCAUCGUUUCUGUUCCUUUGGGUUGAACUGAUAAUCAUCAUGCCGACGACGAAUGCCAUCAUUUCACUCACCUUUGCCAACUACGCUCUGAAGCCGUUCUUCUUGGAUUGUGAAGUACCAUCAAUGGCAGUUAAUCUUCUGGCUGCCUGUACCAUUGCGCUUCUUACAUUUGUCAACUGCUACAAUGUUCAAUGGGCAACUCGUUGCAACGACUUCUUCACAACCACCAAGGUCGCAGCGUUAAUCUGCAUCAUAGUGUUCGGUGUAGGUUGGUUGAUCUUAGGCAAUACCGAGUAUUUUGAGAUGCCGGACGUAUUGGAGGGAAGUCAGAGGAAAGUCUCAUCGCUCACAUUCUCUUUCUAUGCGGGCGUAUACUCGUUCUCUGGCUUCAGCUAUUUGAAUUUUGUCACAGAGGAACUUAAAGAUCCGUACAGAAAUUUACCGCGGGCUAUCUACAUCUCAAUGCCUAUUGUCACCUUCAUAUACAUUUCGGUGAAUGUAGCUUAUUUUGCAGUGCUUUCAACUGAUGAGAUUCUCGAAUCAGAAGCAGUUGCGGUGUCGUUCGCCAACAAAGCGAUGGGUCCACUAGCGCCGUUGAUGCCACUCUUUGUUGCGUGUUCGUGCUUUGGAUGCUUGAACGGUGUUCUCUUUACGUUAUCGAGAAUGUUCUUUGCUGGAGCGAGGGAUGGUCAGUUGCCAAGAUUACUGUCAAUGAUUUCGAUCGACUAUUUGGCGCCGACACCAUCGCUUCUGUUCAGUGGUGCGUCAUCGAUCGCGAUGCUAUUUUCCGCUGAUGUCCUGGUUUUGAUUAACUACUGUGCGUUUUCGGAAAGCCUUGUGGUAGCCGCGUCCGUAGCUGGUCUUGUUAAGCUGAGGCUUACACGACCAGAUGCUAAAACUCCGAUCAAGUUUAAUAUCUGCAUACCGCUGAUAUUCCUUUUCCUAUCCUGUUUAUUUUUUGUGUUGCCGUUUUUCGACCAACCGAUUGAAUUGAUGGUGGGCGCGGCGAUUGUCCUGUCCGGAAUUCCUGUCUAUGUUUUGUUUGUGAUGAAUAAGAAUAAACCGGCAUUUAUCGAAGUUCCAUGGAGUGAGUUCAUCAUUCUAUACACACAAAUGAACAGAGUGUGCAAUUGUGCCAUUUUGGUUCCUUGUGAUGCGGAAAAAAAUGUCUGGAAAGUUGCACACCAAUCAAUCAAUGCCUUUGUAUGA